GCGCGAAGUGGGGGAUUUUCCACAGGAAACCAUAGGCAGGCGGAAACUCAGCAUCACAGCAAGAGAUCAGUUUCAAACCCACAUCCCCCCUUCGCAGGCUUGCACUCCACAGGCGACAUUCGGAGUGCAGAAAGCCUCCCUCUCUUGCCUGCCUGGGCUGCGAAGAUGAUGAUGGAUGCCUCCUACAAGCCAAGGACGUCGCUAGUACUUGUCCUGCUGUUCCUGGGCCGAGGCGGGCAUAGUGUGGUCAACUCUCAGACACAAGUGGAAUGCAUCGUCUACAGUAACCCUUACGUGGACUGUGACUGGGGCAGCAAGGACACGCCGACGGCCAACUACUCGCUGUACUACUGGUACACCAACGACAAGGAACCCAAGACGGAAUGCAAGCAUUACCUCCAAAGAGACGGUAUCAACGUGGGAUGUCGGAUCACUUACAUUAUCCUGUAUUUGGAUUUUAACAUGUAUAUCAAUGCCAGUGGCAAUAGGAACAUUCCCACCACUCCCGUGCGACUGAUGGACCGAGUGAAACCAGACCCACCCUUUAACCUCACCCUCGAGGAGAAGAGCAACAACCAGCUGCUUCUAACCUGGAAUAUCGCACACCGUCCAGCACACUGCCUGGAGUCUGCUGUCAAAUACAAGAGCAACAAGGACACCGACUGGAUGGACCAGAAAACAGAAGAGAAGGCAUUCAGCGUACCCAGCGUGGAUCCCAACAAACUCUACACCUUCUAUGUCCGCAGCAGGCUCAAUGACGGAUGCGCCAAAGACGGCCCUUGGAGUGAGGAGGCUGGCCCCAUCACCUGGGGGAAAGAAGCAACCUCUCCCGCAUCGUUCACGAUCCAGUACGUCCUGAUCCCUAUAGGUUCUGUCUUGCUGCUGUUCCUGCUCCUCCUGGCCCUGAUCUGCACAGAGAGGGUGUGGCUGGUCCUGAUGCCUGCAAUUCCCAACCCCAGCAAGAAAUUUGAAGAUCUCUUCACUGCAUACAAAGGCAAUUUCUCGGAGUGGGCUGGGUUCUCCAAGGAUGCCAUGGAGAAUUUCAAGCCCAACUACCGCGAAAGCAUCUGCCGGGUCAGCGAGCUGUUCCCUGGCGCGGGCUACUUGCCCGUGAGCAACGAGGCCAUGGGCAAAGCUGCCGGGGUGUCUGCAGAUCCCCUUCUCAAGGUCAACAUCGAGUAGAGCCUGUGGAAUAGACACUGGUGCAUCUGGAAUGUUCCACGGCUGGUCUUUUUUUAUCAUCUUUCCUUGGUGGAACAGAAUCACCUCCAUUCCUCACCCCAUGAUGCUUCCUUUGGUACCUUCCCCAGCAUUCCUUGGGGCUUGCAGUCAAAGUUCCUUGUGUCCCCAGUGCAGACUUUUCUUCCGUCCUCCCUCCUCCCUGCUUAGUCUCCCAGGCCUCCUUUGCUUUCUUCAUCAACAUAUGGAAGUCCCCGCCUGACUGCUGUUUACCGCAGCUCUGCAUCGUCCCUGAUGGACUGUACAGACACAUUCAUGAUGUCCUAAUAAAAGGGAUAGCCUUGA